AAAGGAUAUGGGAAGUGAUAUCGGUCUGGGUUAUGAAAGGGUGAUUCCUGUACUGCAUUUGCAUGCUUUCUUCAGAUUGUCUCCACCUCUAUGUGUCCCUCCCCCUUGAAAGGAAAAAGUUUCCUACAAUUUUGGUGCUGUGACCCAGAUAUAGAGCUCCUCACCCGAAUCCAGAUUGAAACUUCAAGCUCAACAAAGAUCUGACUUCGUUCCAGACUGAAUCUUUCUGUACAACCAAGUGUUGGAUGUGUGGGUCUCACCAUCAGGGCCGCGCAUCACAUGCUGUGAUGUGUAGAACGCUGGCAAACAGCUGUGGAGGAAGGCGGAGGUUCCUGCACUCAGCGGUUAUGAGACUCCCCUGCUCCUUCUGGAUUCUGCUGCUGUUAGCUGGUGGAGGACUCAUUUUUCUGUACCUAAAGGACCUCACAGAGACACUUCAACAACAUAGUCAAGGUGCUCAGGUUACAUUCACCCGAGUACAGACUGUGAGAAAGGAACAGUGUUCUGAUUGUUCUGACAAUGAAUCGCAGUCGUCUUAUCCAACAGACGACAACUUCCCCAGCCCUGCCCACUCAGUUCAACAUACAGUCUUCCCGUGGGCCAGGCGUACCUCUCUACUCAAUCCCAAAUACAUCACCGCUGCCCAUGUGACAAAAGGUCACCAUGAACUUCUCAAGAGCAGUCCGGUCAUCCAGCCGCUCAAUACUAACCCUCCUGGCCAAAACCAUGACAGCACCGAGCGGAUUACUCAGGUACAGCAGGUACGCCAGAGGCUUAUGAGGAAAGUCUGUGCCAAAUACACAGGUGGGGCCAUUAAAAGGUUUGUAACCCGCAUGCAGGUGUCGCGUAUUUUUGUGGAGGACACACACAAACUCCUGUACUGUGAGGUGCCAAAGGCAGGCUGCUCUAACUGGAAGCGGGUGCUCAUGGUCCUCAAAGGUCUCGCGCCCUCCACAGAGAAGAUCCAACAUGAUGAAGUGCAUAAAGGGAAUCACCUUAAACGCCUGGACUCCUUUGAUCACAUAAGCAUCAUCCAUCGUUUAAAGACCUACACCAAAGUCAUAUUCCCGAGGGAGCCUUUUGAAAGGCUAGUGUCUGCUUUUAGGGAUAAAUUCGAGAAUCCAGAAUCAUACUACCACCCGGUGUUUGGGAAGCCCAUCAUUUCAAGAUAUCGUAGAAACGCCACUCAGGUAGCUUUAAGCACGGGAGCGGGCGUCACCUUUAAGGAGUUCAUCCAGUAUUUGUUAGACGUGCACAGGCCGGUCGGCAUGGACAUCCACUGGAUGCCUGUAGCCCAGCUCUGUAGUCCCUGCCUGCUGGAUUACGACUUCAUUGGAAAAUUUGAGACUAUGGAUGAAGAGGCGAACUUCCUUUUGAGAAGCUUUGGAGCGCCGUCCAAUUUAACAUUCCCUACUUUCAAAGACAGAAACCCUAACGCAGAAAGAACGUCCUCGGAAAUUAUGAGGAGAUACUUUGCACAGUUAAACAUGACGGAUAGACAGAGAGUGUAUGACUUUUACUACAUGGAUUAUCUGCUGUUCAACUACUCCAAACCGUUUAAUGAUUUGUACUGA